CCGGCCUCAGCCGGUGUUGUGAGACAACGCAGCUUCAGUGGGUCAAAGGUAAACACGGUCUGCAGACAGCAGCACGCAUAACUUCACUUGUGUGGACGCAGGGACAUCAAGUCAACACCAUCAUUUAUAAGUCUUAAUUCCUUCCAGGAAGAAGAAAUGGAUAAUGUUGCAUCAGAGUCUCUGGUGGAGCGGACCUUUCAGUACCAAAGCAGCAUGCCGCCCUUGCCUGUCCCGUCCCUAGAGAUGAGCCUCUCAAAGUACCUGAAUGCAGUUCGACCCUUUGCAUGUGAGGACGAGUUUAAGGCUACAGAGGACAUAGUGAGGAAAUUUCAAGAGGGAGUUGGCAAAGAGCUGCACCACAAACUACUGCAAAGAGCCAAGACAAAGAAGAACUGGCUGGAAGAGUGGUGGUUAGAUGCUGCGUAUCUGGAGGUCCGCAUCCCCUCUCAGCUGAACGUGAACUUUGGCGGCCCGGCGCCUUACCUGGAGCACUGCUGGCCCCCGGAAGAGGGAACUCAACUGCAGAGGGCCAGUAUCAGCACAUGGCAUACACUGCAGUACUGGGACCUGAUCCGCACGGAAAGACUCCCUCCCCAAAAAUCGGGCAAAAUAGUAUUAGAUAUGGACCAGUUCAGAAUGUUGUUCAGCACCUGCAAAGUACCUGGAGUAAAGAAGGACUCCAUUCGUAACUACUUCAGGACAGAGCGCGAAGGUCCAUGCCCCUCCCAUUUGAUAGUGAUGUGUCGUGGAAGGAUCUUCACAUUUGACGCAGUCUGUGAUGGACAAAUUCUCACCCCUCCAGAACUACUGAGGCAGCUAAGCUAUGUGAAAGAGUGCUGUGAGGGAGAGCCAGAGGGAGACGGAGUGGCUGCUCUCACCUCAGAGGAGAGGACUCGUUGGGCGCUGGCAAGGGAGCAUCUAAUAAGCAUUGACCCACAACACAAUAACACAAUCCUGGAGACCAUCCAGAGCAGCCUGUUUGUCAUUUCUCUGGAUGAAACAACAACGUACUCCACUCCAGAGAACUACACAAGUUUGACCAUGGAAGCUCUGACAGGAAAUCCCACCAUUCGCUGGGGUGACAAAUCGUACAAUUCACUCUCGUUCGCAGAUGGCACGUUUGGAUCCACCUGUGAUCAUGCACCAUAUGAUGCCAUGGUACUGGUUUCUAUGUGUUGGUAUCUGGACCAGCAAAUCAAAGACACAGAAGGCAAAUGGAGGGGCUCAGGCACAGUGAGACCCAUACCCCACCCCGAAGAGAUGGUGUUCACGGUCGACGAGAAGGUCCACAGCGACAUUCGUCACGCUAAACGGCAAUACUACGAGUCGACACAGGACCUGCAGGUUGUGUGUUACGCCUUCACAGCAUUUGGAAAAGCAGCCAUCAAACAAAAGAAUUUGCAUCCAGACACCUUUGUUCAACUCGCUAUGCAGUUGGCCUACCAGAAAAUGCACAAAAGGCCAGGAAGCUGCUAUGAGACAGCAAUGACUCGCAAGUUCUACCACGGCAGGACAGAGACAAUGCGGCCCUGCACCCAGGAGGCUGUGGACUGGUGUAAAGCCAUGAUGGACAAUACAUGUGACGUUGAUGCAAAGAGGAAAGCCAUGAGGCUGGCCUUCAUUAAACACAACAAACUGAUGGCUGAAGCCCAGGAAGGAAAAGGUUUUGACAGGCAUCUUCUCGGUCUGUAUCUGACUGCCAAAGAGGAGGGACAAGCCACUCCAGAACUCUUCCUGGACCCCCUCUAUGCAAAGAGUGGUGGUGGUGGUAACUUUGUGCUGUCGUCCAGUCUGGUGGGCUACACCACCGUGUUGGGGGCCGUGGCUCCCAUGGUGCACCGUGGCUACGGCUUCUUUUAUCGUAUUCGAGAUGACAGGAUCGUAAUCUCCAUCUCAGCGUGGAAAUCUUGCCGUGAGACCGAUGCUGCGUCAUUAUUUAACAGCUUCUGUAGCUCCUUGCAUGAGAUGUUCCACUUGGCCACCACAUCUCAGCUAUAAGUACUCACAAAAUAAUGCACACGGGACUUUCGACAACCAGCGAGAGUCGUGUUUGUUCUCAGCAAAGAUCAAUGCAAAGGUACACAAUUUGUGCGGCAAGUGAAGCCACCAGCUUUGGCAUUAUUACGCAUCUAUUCCCUUUAUUGAAUAGUGGUGAAUAAGACAACUUGGGGUAAAUUAUUUUAAGUUGAUGCUGACACUCAAGUGAGUACAAAUUUAACUGACACAUUCUUACGGUGGACAAUGAAGAAAAAACGUUGAUUGUUGUCUGCAUUUGAUUUUUCUGAUAUGAUGAUAGCACUUAUGUUACUCUGUGAAUCUGUACAUUACAUUUUCUGUAUAAAUUUGAAAAGAAAUUUGAAUUUGAAGGUAACCCAUGCAGUGUUGAGACUGCAGGGACCUGCUGUAUUUUGAUAAUUUCCACUGUUUGAAAUUGUUUGAAAUUCAUCCUUUUGAAAAGUUAUUGUGUAGAGAUUUCACCCUCCAAUAAUUAUUGGCUUCAUUCCUACACACAUUUUUAGUUGUAGUUUUUGUCUUUUGCACAUGAAAGUCCUUUACGUCUGUACGUCCGCCACAUAAAACAACCAUGUGACCAUGUUUCUGCCCCACUCUGAACCAGCAUUUCCUCAACUAGUGCAGGUGGAGACAGAUGAUGCUUAAACUAUUAAGCUCUGGAUACGAUAGCUAAUCUUCCAAUCUGUUGAGGUGUGCCACAUUUCUAACUUCUGUACAUCAGAGAAAGUGUCGGUUUGUUGAUGAAUACCUUUUAUUCAGUCAGUGCACCUUUCUUUUAUUUGUGUUGUGUGUCUGUGUGAAAGACUGCUGAAUGUUCACAUGGCUUUAUACCAAGAUGACUGCUGUAAUCAUAAAUUAACCUUAAAAACUGUGACUCUGUUCCCUCUGCACAUAAAAUCUUGGAAAUUGAGUGAUUAUGUGAAUAAAAUAGUAUUUUCUUGAAACA